AAGUCUACUGUUAACUGAUGUGAUUUGAAACGGGUUGAAACCGAAACUGUCGGUUUUACUUCUAUUUUUUCUUUGAAACCGUCCGAAAUCGACCUUUCCACGUUUCAGAUCGUUUUCGGCCUGAUUUUAAAUUAACUCGUGGCCAGUUCCGGUCCAUUCACGGGCGAAACCGGCCCAUGGUCAGCACCAGAUAAGUGAAGGCCAACUAUAAAUUUAAAUUUUAUCACACAAUUGCUUUCAUUAAAAAAAAGUCCUAAGUCUGAGACUAUGCUGAGGAAAUUUAUGUAGUUCUUGAAAAUCAGAGGAGAAGCAGAUCACUAAACGGAAUUGAUUGGAAAGUUUCAUUUGGAACAGUUUUGAAAGGCAUUUGAAGUAUUAUUAUUUGAUUAUAUAAAAUAAGAGAGGUCUUCGAAAGAUAUAGUAAUGACGGCCGUGGGACAGUCUUUACUGAUUCAUUGGGAUGGUCAAAUAAUUGACACUCCGGAUGGGGCAAGUUAUGACAAGGGUCACCUAAAGAUAGUUCAGUUGAGUAGAGAAAUGAAUUAUAAAGAAUUACAAGCUAUUAUUAAAGCGGAAAUGAAUUUGGGUGACCAAUUCGAAAUUACAAAAAUAAUUUUCCGAGUACCGAUUUUUGAUGAAUGUCAAAUUACUGAACACUCCAUCUUUGAAAUAAAGACUGACGAGCACGUGUUCAAAAUGUUCAGCGGUGUUUAUUUGGUUCCAGGAAUGAUAUUCAUCGAGUUGUACAUUGAGUACAAUAGAAUGAGUGUGUUUCGUAACCAUGUAUCCGAGAUUGAAGGUGGAAAUGGUGAUUUAGCCUUAGAUGGAGAUAAACAUAUUGACAAUGACGACGGUGAAAAAGGUGAGGAUGUCGAGGAUAGUGAUAGUGAGGAUGGAGAGAAUGCUGAGAUUGGUGCUUGGAAAUAUUAUGUGUACCGUCCUAAGUUUCCUGAUCCAUAUAUGUGGAUCCCAGAGUCAGACGCGAUACAAUGGGAUUAUGGGAAAGAGCUGCAAAAGGGCAUGAUUUUUAGAUCGAAAAGUCAUGUCAAAGAAGCCGCUGCUCUUUCUUCAUCGAGAGAGCAUCGAGAGUUUAAGUAUCGAACAACACUUACCACAAUUAUGGCAGUAUGCAAAAAGAACGAUAUUUGUACUUGGAGUUUACGUGCGUCAAAACUCAGAGGAGACUGGACAUUAACAGAAUACAAUGACUUUCACACGUGUGUUCGAUACCUCGAAGAUAAAAUGGAUUUGUUUUGCUAUAAAUGCUGUAGUUCGGAGCAUUAUACUAGUGAUUUUCAUAGGAAUAGAUUGCCAUAGUAAUACAUGAUGGAUUGUAAUGUAGGGAUUUUAUUUUCUUGAAUCUAUAUGUUGUAACCUGGUUGGGGAUUUCUUUCCCGAAUUUUAAUAUGCUAACUCUUAUUUAUUGGCUUUCAAUCAGUAAUUUGAGUCUAUUUUUUUGUUCUUAUGCCUAGUACGAUCUUCUCGUAGUUAGCCAGCAAAUUAUCAGGUAAGCUUGUUAAUCUUUAGAUGUUGCAGUGGAUAAUUUUCUUCAGUCUUGUGAAUCCUUAAUUCUUUUUCAUCAAAAGUUUCAUUACUUUUGAGAUUAUAAUACUACUACUGCCGCCUCGCCCAACAACAUGAGAGUUUGAGCGAAUUGGUUAUUUGACAUAGUAUCGGAGUUGGAGCGAAUUGGUUAUUUGUCAUUAAUUUGGAAUGCAGGGUAGCCUUGCUUGCAGGAAAGCAGGUGAUCAUAUCAUAGGUGUUUUUUUUAAAAAAAUUAUUUCAUCACAUUUUUCUAGUUGUUUUGAUUGUCAGUAACAUGAUAAGGAACUUAAAAAAUGCAUACUCCAGGUGUUUACACCCUGCUGUUUUAUUUGCGACAUAGAGAAGCUAGUUAUAUUAAUGAUAGACUGCUCAUCUUUUAUUGCUCGAGCGUAAAACAUUUAGGAUAUUUGUCACCUAUCGAAUAGUUUAAUGCAACACAUCCUCGAAGUAAGCAAGACUUAUAUGACAGACGCAAUUGAAAGUAAAAAAAAUAAGAUUUCCUGUAUGCCCAUGUCUUUUGUAUGGUUUCCUUUGCAGGUUAUGGGGAACUUUCCUGGCAGAUGUUGUAAUGCAGAUGCUUGGAACUGAUUAUGCUAGAAUCUUGUGAGCAAUUUAUGCAUUUGCAAAGGUAACAUAUCAUCAUCAUUGUUCACUUUUAUGCAGUUUUUAUCAUCCUUCCAAUCCAUUCCAGAUUCAACUGUUUAUGUUUAAAGUAAAGAUGUCUAAUUGUCUACUAACUUUCAUGCACCAAGUAUGGUGGAUUUCAUUCGGAUAUAAUAGUAAACGCUUCAAUCUAUUUAGAUGGUCUUGUGAUGUUGAUUUGAGUCAAUGAUGAAUGUUGCGGACUUUUCUUUUGGGUUCAUUAGGCCAUUAGUAAAUCAUGGUGAUGGCUGGGAUGAAGAUGUGCUUAUAAAGAUUGACCAUUAAGCAUUUCAUUUUUUUGUUUAAUCUAAACAUCAGAUGGAGCUAUAGUAAUGGUACUUUUAAAGUCUAUUUUUUAGUUUUUACAGAGAUUAACACUCAUGUCGACUGAAUACCUUCCCAGUGUAUGUAUAUAUUUUAUUUUAUUAUUUCGAGCUUUCUGUGUUUGCCUCAGAUUCGCAUCACCCGCGCCGCCUGAUAUUGAUUGAAGUCAAAGACUGCAUUCAGUGUUUAGUGAGAGUUUGAGUUGGUGGUUGUGCUGUUAGAAGACCGGAUGAAUAGGUGACAAUCCCAGUUGUGCAAGUAUUUUGCUUCUGAUUUUUUGUUAUUUAGUGUUCUAAUUCACUCGAAUAUAUUUUGUUAGAUAUGAGUUUCGGCCACUGAUUUUUCUAACUAUUUGAUCUAUUAGAUUGAUGAAUUUUGAUUGACAUGUCAUGUUCAAUUUGGACUUCAAUAUCAAUUUUACAUCAGUUGCAAUAUAGGUUACUGCUAUUCAUGUUAAACAUAUUUGACCAUAGUGAUAAAUUAUCAAAUGCUUUUCUAUCAAGUCCUAGCAAUAGUGACAAGGUAAUCAUUUAAAUGCUGGCAAAAAUCAUGGUCGAAAAUGACUCUGUAACAUGCUGUUUUACUUCUUCAUCCAUUCUCUUUGCCAUAUUGGGAUCCUGAACGAAUUUUCGCCAUGGCUAAAGAGAAUGAUUGAGGCUUCGAGUCGAAAAGAAAUCCGGCCACUCCAUCUUUACUGUUGAGUCUGUUCCCACAGGACCACCACUGUUGCAGGCCAUAACAGGUUAAUGAGCUGCUAUUGCCUCUAGUGUCUGUCAGUGUUUUUUUAUUAAUUUAUUUAUUAUUGGAAAGAGGAGCGCUUGUGAAAGGAAUUAGAUCUAUGACCUUCAUAAUUUGCUGUCCAUUUGAGUUAUAACUCAUCGGUAAAACCAACAGUGUUAGUCUUAGCUAAACUGCAAACCCACUUAUUCAUAAUCGAUCAAAUCGUUUCAAAUACUAAACAAAUCAUAUAUAAACCAACAAAAUUGUUUAGAAUGCUAACCAUUAUAGAAUCUUAGUCCACCGUACAUCAACUCACUCAUUAAAUAAUCUUAGUCCAGCCGAAUACACCACUUGAUCAAUCUAAUUUUUAAGUCCCAUGCAUCCAUCUUAAUUACUCAGGCUUGGAUUUUGCAUUUCAAAUCCAUCUUCUAAAUUGGAUAGUAAAUUUGAAGUCCGAAUUAGGCUCGGCUCGGGUUUGAUUUUGUUUUAAAAAAAGCAAGCUAGUCCGAGCCUUCACAAGCCCGGCCCAUAAUGUCCACCGUUAACUGAUGUGAUUUGGAACGGGUUGAAAUUGGAACCAUCGGUGAAACCUGCCGAAACCGGCCUUUCCACGUUUCAGGUCGGUUUUGGCCUGAUUCUAAAUUAAAUCGACUUUGAGUCGGGUUUGACUUACGGCCCAUGGUCAGCUCUAGAUCAAGUGAAGUUGAACUAUAAAUUUUAACACACAUUUGCUUUCAUAAACAAACAUAGAUCACUGAUUGACUUGGACCACAAAAAAAGUCAACAUUGUACAGCAGGAAAAAAAUAAACAGUCUAUUGUUUUGAUAGAGCUGUGUUUCAUUUCAUCUAAAUUUGAACUCUUAAUUGUGUGAUGGAAGUUGCAAGUAUCAUUGGAGGUGCUAUUUUAUCUGCUUCUUUGCAAGGUUUAUUUGACAAAUUAUCCUCCCAUGAUUUGCUCAACUAUGCAAGCCGAGCCAGAGUGAAGACCGAGAUAAACAAGUGGGAGAGCAUGCUGAAGAAACUUUAUGUGGUUCUUGAUGAUGCAGAGGAGAAGCAGGUGACUAACCGGUUGGUCAAAAUCUGGGUAAGCGAGCUCAGAGACUUAGCUUAUGAUGUAGAAGAUGUGGUUGAGGAGUUUGCUUCCGAGUCUUUGCGCAAGAAACAUAAACUGUCUUGUGCAUGGACUAUCAAAUUCAACGUGAAGUUGGUUUCCAAGAUGGAGGGAAUAACUGUGAGACUAAAGAAGAUUUGUGAGUCAAGAAACGAGUUGGAUUUACGAGAGUGUGUCGGAGGGGGUAUUAUUCAGACCGGAGUAAGGACAACGACUUCACUUGUGAAUGAAGGAAAGGUUUACGGAAGAGAAAAAGAUCGAAAGGCCAUUCUUGAAAUGCUGCAAUCUGAAGUCAGUGCAGCAAUUUCUGUUAUUUCUAUAGUUGGAAUGGGAGGUAUAGGUAAGACUACUCUUGCUCAACUUAUCUUUAAUGACUCCAAUUUAGAGUUUGAUAUGAAAUUUUGGGUUUCUGUUGGUGAGGUUUUUGAUGUCAUUGGGAUAACAAGGACCAUUCUGCAAUUAGAUUGUUCUGAUGAUAAGGAUUUAGAUUUUCUUCAAGUGAAAUUGAAGGAGAAUUUGUCUGGAAAUAAGUUCUUGCUUGUUUUAGAUGAUGUUUGGAGUGAAAAUUAUGAUGAUUGGACUCUGUUUUUGAGUCCUUUUGAAGCAGGGGCACCAGGAAGCAAAAUUAUCAUAACAACUCGGAAUCAAGGUGUUUCAUUAAUGAUGGCUGCUGCUCCUGCUUAUCCUUUAAAGGAGCUGUCAAACGAUGAUUGUCUUGCUGUGUUUUCUCAGCAUGCUUUGAGAGCAAAAGAUUUUGAAGAGCACUCUUCUCUGGAGGAAAUCGGAAAACAAAUCGUUGAAAGAUGUCAAGGAUCGCCUUUAGCAGCAAAGGCUCUCGGAGGACUAUUGCGAGGUAAGUUGAAUCCCAGUGUCUGGGAGAAGGUGUUAAAUAGCAAGAUAUGGGAUUUACCUGAGGACAAAACAGGAAUCCUUCCAGCCUUAAUGCUGAGCUACCAUCAUCUCCCGUCGCAUUUAAAACGGUGUUUUGCUUACUGUGCAAUUUUUCCUAAGGACUACAAGUUUGACAAGAAUGAGUUGGUUUUAUUAUGGAUGGCAGAGGGUUUUCUGCAGCAAUCAAAUGAGCAGUUAGGCCAUGAAUAUUUUCUUGAUUUACAAUCAAGAUCAUUCUUUCAACAGUCUAGCAGCGACAAAUCGAAAUAUGUUAUGCAUAACUUGAUAACAGAUCUUGCUCGAUGUGUCAAUGACGGAAUAUGCUUUCAUUCAGAUGAUAAGCUAAAGGGUACGAACUCAAAUGCAAAGGUACGCCAUCUAUCGUUUUCUCGUGAUAUUUGCGACACCUCUCAGAAAUUUGAAGCAUUCCAUGAAAUGAAGAGUUUGAGAACAUUCUUGGCAUUACCAAUCCUGCCAUCCUCCUUUCAUCAGUUAUCUAGCAAGGUGUUGCAUGAAUUGGUGCCAAAACUAAGAUUCUUAAUGGUACUAUCUUUAGCUGGAUAUUGUAUUAAGGAGUUGCCGAAUUCUAUUGGAUCCUUAAAGCAUUUACGAUACCUUAAUCUAUCCUAUAUUGAAGUUACAUUGUUGCCUGAAACAAUUUGUGAGCUCUUUAACCUGCAGACUUUGAAAUUAUGCGGGUGCUGGAAACUUAUCAGGUUGCCUAUUGGUAUCACCAAUCUAGUAAACCUUCAGUAUCUCGAUAUCAGUGAUACGGAUAGUCUGCUAGAGAUGCCACCGCGAAUAGGUGAUUUGAUAAAUCUCCGCAUUUUGCCCAAGUUCAUUGUAGGAAAUGGCCAUGGACUGGGGAUAACAGAGUUGGUGAAAUUGUCUCAUUUACGAAGAGAUGUUCAUAUUACAGGGCUGCAUAAUGUGUUAAAUAGUAGAGAUUUAGAGCUUGUCAAUAUGAAGGAGAAGCGGGAAGUUGAUGCAUUGGUCUUGGAAUGGACUAAUCAGUUCUAUAGUUUGCGGAAUGAAACGAAUGAACUGCAGGUCCUCAGCUCACUGCAGCCCCAUAAAUGUAUUGAAAGUAUUUCGAUUAAAUUCUAUGGUGGAACAAGAUUUCCAUUUUGGAUAGGAGAUCCUCAGUUCAUCAAAAUAAAGCAUAUAGAGCUCUACAAUUGUCGUAAAGUCGGAUCUCUACCCUCACUUGGGCAGCUACCACUGCUAAAAAAGCUAAGCAUAGUAGGCAUGGAUGGAGUGAAAGAAGUAGGUGUGAAUUUUUUUGGAGUUAGUUCGAGUAAUUUUAAAGGUUUUCCAUCUUUGGAGACUAACAAUGAAAAAUAUGGUUAACUGGGAGCAUUGGCAAUGUGAAGAGUCUGAACAAUUAUUUUCUAAUCUGCGAGAACUCGAAAUGAGACAUUGUCCCAAGUUGGUUGGGAAGUUACCUAAGUUUUUUCCUUUCUUAA